GGAGAAUCUCACAACCGAUUUUGGGGAAUUCUGUACUUUACGUGAAAAUAAAAAUAUAUAAUGAUUUUUCUCAAUCUUUUCAUAAUAAACUUACUAACUACUGCUGCGGAGCCAAACUCGGAUAUCGGUUUCUGUGAUGCUUCUUCCAGGAACUGCGAAAAUCUAGUUAAGGAAACCAGUGUAUAUAAACAAAUUUUUUACGAUGUGAAUCCCCCUGAAGGCUUUAAUUUACGCCGUGAUGUUUACAUGAGGUUUGCCAUAAUGUUAUCAGAUGCUCGCAAACGGGGUAGAGUCGACUGGAGGCUGGUUUUACCGCCAUGGCAUAAUUUGUAUCAUUGGCGCUCAUCAUCGGCGAAGUCCAAGCAACAACCCUGGUCCUCGUAUUUCGACAUCGAAUCUUUGAAGUCCUUCGCACCGGUAAUGGAAUUACACGAAGUUUUUUCCGAAAUCAACUCUAAUGUUCUUAAAAUCGAUACAUUGUAUGUACUUGAAAACUUUGAGGAUCCCUUCGAGAACGGGGUUUUUCAGGAUAAAUGGCAGCUGAGCAGUGGAUGUGUGUACGUAGGCAAUUAUUUUGGAUAUAAAAACAUUACUGCCACGGAAACGGUAUGUGUCAAAUUCCAAGGACCUAUCUCCAAACUGUGGGAGCUUAUAUUGCAACACCCGACCGAUAGAAGAGUCAUGAUCGCCCAUGGAGAAAUACCGCUACACGAUAACUAUGGUACCAAGACUUAUUGGCAAUGUCGUAAGAGUAUGAAGUUCAACAAAAAUCUCAUUCAAAUAGCUAAAAACUUUAUGUUCAACAGUCUCAAAUGUAAAACUGAUAAAUGUUCAACUUAUUUGAGUGUGCACUGGAGACGCAAAGACUUUGCUUAUAGCAGGCCAAAUGAUGUGCCGUCGAUAGCAAAUACAGUUAAGCAAAUAGAUGGUGCGGUGAAAAAUAAAUUUCUCAAUGUAAAAAAAAUCUUUAUUGCAUCUGAUGCAUCUUCGAAUGAAUUAAAAGCACUAGACGAGCAACUUCACAAUUUGAAUUAUGAAGUUUACAGGUUUACCGCUACUAAAGAUGCACUGAAAGAAUUGAAUGAUGGUGAAGUUGCCAUAAUUGAUCAAAUAAUAUGCUCUCAUGCUGCCUAUUUCAUAGGAACACAUGAGAGCACAUUCUCUUUCCGAAUUCAAGAGGAGAGAGAAAUAUUAGGAUUUGAUAGUGAUACUACUUUUAACAGGUUAUGUCCUGAUUCAGGACCAUGUGAAAAACCAUCAAAAUGGACAUUGAUAGAAUAGGUUUAGUUUUAUAAGAACAACUUAUUAAAGUUGUUGUCAAACGUUUUUAAAAAGAAUUGUAUGUAAGUACAGUGUAGGUAUACAUUCAUGUAAUCAAGCACUUAAUAGCAUUAUAAUUUAUUAUCUGGAUUGAGACAAAGAUACAUUACUUUUUUGUUUAAAAAUGUUAGGUUUCUGUGGAAUUCUCUAAAAGCUAACUAUAACGCGGUUGUAGUCGCGGAAAAGAAAACUUUUACGCGUUCGGUUUGAGUUGGCAGCUCCCACCUUGAUCGCACCGCGCGCCUAGACAGACCCCUAUGCCCUUAUUAGUCGACCGUACAGUACGCGCCACGAAAGACUUGACGAGCGCGUUGCCGCACCUCCCACGCUCUCCGGCACCCUAUGGCGCCCGGGCCCUCCCCCGUCAGACCUCAUACCGCUAAAGAGACCUUUAAAUCGUCUACUGCGGAUGUCAAAUCACGUGGCGCGUCAAGUCUCAUCUUUCGUGGGGCGUCCAGUCUCAUCUUUCGUGGCGCGUAUUGUACCAGUUGAUUUGCCUAUGAAUAAUUUUGUAAUGGCCAUAAACCAACUCGAAGCGAACUACUGUAUUUGCGGUCGCCCUGGCAACCCCGGAAGAACGCUGGUUCCAUUCCAUCCUCGCGGGCGGAAGGCAAAACUGAUUGCUAAUAAAAGAACUUUCUUUAGAUAAUGAAAGUAGUUAUGUACUUAUAACGAAUCUCCGGCUAACUAGUCAUCAAUCUCCUACUGUAAAUAUGUACAAAAACUUACCUAUUUAACCAAAGAUAUUGUUACUAAUAUAAUUAUACAGACUUUAUUUAAUAAAACGCCUACCCGUUAUGAACA